AUGAAUAUCAAUACUUCUAUUGCUAUACAAGCAGUAUUGCUUGCUUUGGCAUUAGUUGUUCUUGUUCUACGAUCCUGGGCGCAUUACCUCCUCAAGCAGAACCUCCUUAACCUAUCGGAUAUCUUUGCAUGGCUGGGAUGGAUCUUCAGCUUGGGAUGGUUUAUCUGCUCGACUCUCGCGCUCCUAAUUCUCAUCGAUAACCCUGCGAUCGGAUCCGAGCUGGUAGUCAAUAAUGUGGAGUAUUUGAAGACCGUGUUAGUGGCCGAGUACUUCUUCGACACGGGGAUCUACUUUCCCAAGAUAUCCAUUGUUCUCUUCUACUGGACGUUGAUUCCCAGGGUUCUGGAAACCUUGAGAAAAGUAUUACUGGGAAUCUCGAUUUAUCUCGGUUGCGCUCUGCUUGCGUCGGUCCUCACGAAUACUCUCAUAUGCUUGCCUUUCUACGAUAACUGGUCCAUCGAAAACCAACUCAAGUCAGCUUGGAAUUCGUACCCUUCCUUCUGCAUUCAGUGGGCUCUCAACUUUUCCACCGAUUUGCUGAUAUUCGUCUAUCCAUUCUUUUUACUUAAGCACUUGAGAUUGCGCAAGGAACAAAAAAUCGGCCUCAUUGGCGUCUUUUCCUUGGGAACCAUCACAUUGAUAGUCAGCCUUUCACGAUUCAUCGCCUACAAUGUUACCAACUUUGAGCUCGAGGACGAAUCCGGCAACACAUUAACCCUCGCCGAAAUGAGCACCGCCGUCAUCGUCGUUUGCCUCCCUGGCCUCCGAACAUUCAUCGUGCGAUCGAAAAAGUCAACAAACCGCUCGUCUUCACACCAGCUGAGCGGCUAUGGCAACCACACAAGGAUUGGAGUAGGACAAACAUCCAAGACUGGCGGACAUAAAGGACAAGCGCCACCAUCUUCGUAUGCAAAAUGGGGCGUGAGAGAUGAUGAGAUCGAGUUGGUAACUCAUAUACGCGUUUCCCACGAACUGGCAAAUCCGGAUACUUGCAGUGCGAGCGAGCAAAGUGCGGCCAGUCGGAAUUUGGGACUAUGA